AUGGCUAAAAGAAAAAAAGAUGAGGAGUAUCGUACUUUUCAGCAGGAAUGGACAGAUGAAUUCGCCUUUGUGGAGAGAGCAGGUUCUGCAGUGUGUCUAAUAUGCAGUGAUAAAAUUGCAUCGAUGAAACGGUCAAAUAUAAAGCGGCACUUCGACACACGCCAUACUACAUUUGCAUCGAAAUACCCAGCGGGGGACAGCAGGAAGAAAGCAUGUCAAGAGCUACUGUGCAAAGUGCAAGCUAGUCAGCAGCAACUUCGUGUUUGGACCCAACAAGGUGACUGGAAUUCGGCUAGCUUUGCUGGUGCUUUAGCAAUUGUGAGAAACGGAAAGCCAUUCACAGAUGGUGAGUAUGCCAAAACAUUCAUGCUUGAUGUCGCCAGUGAACUUUUUGACGACUUUUCGGAUAAAGACAAGAUAAUGAAACGAAUAAAAGACAUGCCUCUGUCGGCAAGAACUGUUCACGAUCGUACCAUCAUGAUGGCAAAUCAAAUUGAGGAAACACAAGUGAAGGACAUAAAUGCAGCAGUAUUCUUUUCUCUCGCUUUGGAUGAGUCAACAGAUGUAAGCCAUUUAUCCCAAUUCAGCGUGAUUGCAAGGUAUGCUGUCGGUGACACACUACAUGAGGAAAGUCUUGCUGUUUUGCCUAUGAAAGGGACAACAAGAGGGGAGGAUUUAUUCAAGUCUUUCACUGAGUUCGCUAAAGGAAAAAAUCUGCCGAUGGAUAAACUUAUUUCGGUGUGUACUGAUGGUGCUCCGUGCAUGGUGGGGAAAAACAGAGGAUUCGUAGCGCUUCUUCGUGAACAUGAAAAGAGACCCAUCCUAAGUUUUCACUGCAUCCUACAUCAGGAGGCGCUUUGUGCUCAGAUGUGCGGUGAGCAGCUUGGUGAGGUGAUGUCGCUGGUCAUUCGAGUGGUCAACUUUAUUGUUGCCCGAGCUUUAAAUGAUCGCCAGUUUAAAACACUGCUGGAUGAAGUUGGGAAUAAUUAUCCUGGUCUGCUUCUGCACAGCAAUGUGCGUUGGUUGUCAAGAGGGAAGGUGCUCAGCCGUUUUGCGGCUUGUCUGAGCGAAAUCCGGACUUUUCUUGAAAUGAAAAACAUCGAGCAUCCUGAGUUAGCUAACACUGAGUGGCUCCUGAAGUUCUACUAUCUCGUGGACAUGACUGAACAUCUGAACCAGCUCAAUGUGAAAAUGCAAGGCAUUGGAAAUACAGUCUUAUCACUUCAACAAGCAGUGUUUGCAUUUGAAAACAAGCUGGAACUCUUCAUCGCCGACAUUGAAACAGGUCGUUUACUACACUUUGAAAAACUGGGAGAGUUUAAAGAUGCAUGCACAGCAAGUGACCCUGCUCAACAUCUUGAUCUCCAGCAGCUAGCGGGCUUCACAUCUAAUCUCCUGCAGUCAUUCAAAGCGCGCUUUGGAGAAUUUCGUGAGCGCUCUCGUCUCUUCAAGUUCAUCACCCAUCCACACGAGUGUGCAGUGGACAGCGCCGACCUGAGUUACAUCCCCGGUGUCUCCGUCAGAGAUUUUGAGCUACAAGUUGCUGACCUGAAGGCCUCAGACAUGUGGGUGAAUAAAUUCAAGUCACUAAAUGAAGAUUUGGAAAGACUUGCACAACAGCAAGCAGAGUUGGCGAGCAAACACAAGUGGGGAGAAAUGAAAAAACUUCAACCCGCAGACCAGCUGAUUGUCAAAACUUGGAAAGCACUUCCCGUCACAUACCACACACUGCAGCGUGUGAGUAUUGCUGUACUAACAAUGUUUGGCUCUACGUAUGCAUGUGAGCAGUCUUUCUCACAUCUAAAGAACAUUAAGACCAACCUACGAUCACGUUUAACGGAUGGAAGUCUCAACUCCUGCAUGAAGCUUAACCUCACCACGUAUCAACCAGACUACAAAGCCAUCAGCAAAACCAUGCAGCACCAGAAGUCGCAUUAA